CCCGGUAAAGAGCAGCGUGGCGGGCAGCGGCUGUGAGGGCCACCGGGAAGGGGACCUGCCACUGAGCCAGAGGAAACCCACCGGCCUUCGGCGGAAGGAGCAGCGCCGGGACGCACGCUUGGCACCAUGACCCAGAGGCCCACCUUCGACAAGCCCAAAGUAGAACUGCAUGUCCACCUGGAUGGAGCCAUCAAGCCUGAAACCAUCUUAUACUACGGCAGGAAGCGAGGGAUCGCCCUCCCAGCUAACACGGCAGAGGAGCUGCAGAACAUCAUUGGCAUGGACAAGCCCCUGUCUCUGCCAGAGUUCUUGAGCAAGUUUGACUACUACAUGCCUGCUAUCGCAGGCUCCAGAGAAGCCAUCAAAAGAAUUGCCUAUGAGUUUGUGGAGAUGAAGGCCAAAGAGGGCGUGGUGUAUGUGGAGGUGCGCUACAGCCCACACCUGCUGGCCAACUCCAAAGUGGAACCAAUUCCCUGGAACCAGGCUGAAGGGGACCUCACCCCAGAUGAAGUGGUGGACAUAGUGGGCCAGGGCCUGAAGGAGGGGGAGCAAGACUUCGGGGUCAAGGUGCGAUCCAUCCUGUGCUGCAUGCGCCACCAGCCCAACUGGUCCCUGGAAGUGGUGGAGCUGUGUAAGAAGUACCAGCAUCAUACUGUGGUGGCCAUCGACCUGGCUGGUGAUGAGACCAUCAAAGGAAGCAGCUACUUCCCGGGGCAUGUGGAGGCCUACGAGGAGGCGGUAAGGAGCGGCAUCCACCGCACCGUCCAUGCCGGAGAGGUGGGCUCUGCAGAGGUGGUCCGAGAGGCUGUGGACACACUCAAGACCGAGAGGCUGGGACAUGGCUACCACACCCUGGAGGAUGAGGCCCUCUACAACAGGCUGCGGCAGGAAAACAUGCACUUUGAGGUCUGCCCCUGGUCUAGCUACCUCACAGGCGCCUGGAAUCCAAACACGGAGCACGCAGUCAUUCGGUUCAAGAACGACCAGGCCAACUACUCACUCAACUCAGAUGACCCGCUCAUCUUCAAGUCCACCCUGGACACUGACUACCACAUGACCAAACGGGACAUGGGCUUCACCGAGGAGGAUUUUAAGCGACUGGUGAGUGGUUGUGAGCUGUCACUCUUGCCCUGGGCCUCAGGGCUUUGUAAGGCCUGCAGGUCAUGUCCAGGGCUUGGGACCCCCCAGGGGGUGGGAGUGGGUUUGUUGAUGGGAGUCCACCAUAAGCCAAGCCUACUGCCAGCUGCCUUCUGCAGAGGGACACCUUGGUGGUGGAGUCUUGGGUUUAGCCUCUGCUUGGGCCGAGCAUCUUCAAAGAUUCCCUUCCCCAGAAUGGUGUGCCUAGCUGUAGAAAUGUGUUCUUAGAUCCCAGGCUGAGCCCGGGAUCUGGGGACGUGAUGCCAUUACUCCCUGCAAGGGUCUCUGGCCCCACACUUCCAAGGAUCUCCCAGUCUCCAACCUUCUCCGCACAUCCUGUAUCAUGUAGUGCCACUUUAAGAACACUCUGCUCUGCCACUUGCUGCCAUGUGACCCUGGACAAGCCCUUCCCCUGAGCUUCCCUGCCCAUGCUCUAAGGAGGAUGGAUUACCAGUAGGUUGCCAAGGGCUCCCUUCCUUGCUGUCUGGUUCUAUAUGGUCUGUCACCCUGGCCCUUCUAGAACAUCAAUGCAGCGAAGUCCAGUUUCCUCCCAGAGGAUGAGAAGAAGGAGCUCCUUGACCAGCUCUACAGAGCCUACAAGAUGCUGCCAC